CAAUUUGGCCACAGUUCCUUUUGAGUGGUUAUCAGGAGGCGAGGCUGGGAGCAGUGUUGGCUGGCGAGUGUUGUGCCGAGUACCGCCCUGCCUUGGCUUCCCGACGCCUGCGGUUCUGCCUGGACUCAACACUUCACGAUCCCGACCGCAGCUUUCCGACCGCCCUACACCCUUCCGACCUUCUCCCUACCGCCGUGUGGGAGAUCGCGGCGCUGCAGGCUCUCCCUACGACCUGCUCAGCCUGCCAUCACCUCUUCGCCGCCGCCGUCGCCGCCACCGUCGCUGCAAACCCCGCGGAGUGACGGUCGGCUGAGUGCUUGAACCCCGCCCUCCCCACGCGAAGCAAACCACCAGCCCUCCCCAACCCUCCGCUCCAUCUGGGUCGUUAACGGAGCUUCAGCCUAAUAAGGUCCUGACGAGGCUCCACACACGCCCUGCAGUAACCCAAGCACCAGCAACACCAGCACCACCACUCUAAGCAGCUACUGAACCCCGCCCCUCACUCUCCUCCUUCUCCUCUAGUGGCCAGUUAGAGGAGGAAAGAGAUACAAAGCCAGAAGUCUCCGAGGCACCAAGCUCCAGAGUGGUGUGUUUGUGUUUCGUUGUGUUUUGUGGUGUUCCCCAAGCACGUGCCUUCGUCAGUGCCCCGUGUGUAGUCCCCUCGUGCCUUCAGUGAGAGUGGCUUCUUCUGUGCCUUACGCGCCGUGACUCCCUGGCGUGGUGAUUAAUUUUCCUUAGGUUUGGUGUUGUCGUGACUUGAGAAACGCUGCUGGUUGGUGUUUUUGUCUUGUUUCUUCACCAUCUUCCGUUUUCUCUUGAGGCAUCCCGGCGUGCCUUCGCUCCUAGUGUCGUGUGCCUGUGCGUGUGAGUACCGCCGGCCUUUGAACUACAAACGCGUGGAUUGACAGUGUAUAACUUGCCCUUGGUUACUGUGUGUACGUCUCCUCCUGUGUGUACGUAAAUACCAGCAACGUGCGUGUCUGUGCGCGUAUGUGUGUGUGUACUCCAGUGACUCCCUCCCUGCAACAGUAAGCCGGGAGGAGCAGGAGGUGACGACGGCGGCGGCGACGGCGGAGGAGGGUGCGCCCACAGUGCAGGUUGGCGAGCGGCGCGGGCCCCAGGCAGUCGUCGGGGUGGAGUUCCCGGCAAUGUUUCCCCCGGGGAGCGCGGGCGGGUACGGCCAGGAGGGCGGCCAAAACCUGCUCACGCCCUCCAUGUACACCUCCCACGCCCACACCCACAUGCUGCCCUACAACUCCUACUCCACACAGCUGGUGCAGCCCUCCACGCCCUCGCCCUCCAUGUGGCAGUCCCCCGCCCAUACCGCCCUCGCGCCCACUGCCCCGCCCACCGAACAGACCUUCUCAUCGCCCCUAGGCUUCAACUGCGGGCGUGAUGGGUACCUCCAGGGCGCGGGCGGGCAGAGUCUCCAGGCGCCCAUCAGCCACUACCAGGCCUACGCCCAGAUGAACCAUGGCAUGUGGCGCCACUACGACAUGGGCCUCCAGGGCAUCGCAAACUACCCCGGUAGCGAGUUCUGUUCGGAAAGCCGCGAGUGUGUGAACUGCGGCGCCGUGCAAACUCCGCUGUGGAGAAGAGAUGCAACUGGUCACUACUUGUGCAACGCGUGCGGCCUCUACACCAAGAUGAACGGGAUCAACAGACCUCUCAUUAAGCAUCCCAGGAGGCUGGUUAGUGUGGAGGACGGCUUCUCCUUCCAAACUUCGGCGAGGAGAAUGGGUCUCAUGUGCUCCAACUGCGGCACCACCACCACCACCCUCUGGCGGCGAAACAACGAAGGGGAGCCAGUGUGCAACGCAUGUGGUCUGUACUACAAGCUGCACGGCGUGAACCGCCCGCUGCAGAUGCGUAAAGACUCCAUCCAAAGCCGCAAGAGGAAACCCAAGAACAAGAAGACGGACGACGGCGCUGAGGACAAGGAGAAGGAGAAGAAAGCUCCAGAGGACAAACCCACGAAGGAGGGAGAGCGGCGCCCAUCCGACCCCGCCACCCCUGUCGUCACCAAGCCUACGCCGCCACAACAACCCCAGCAGCAGCCACAGCAGCAGCCCCCGCCGCAGCCUUCCCAGGGCCAGGGUCAGCAGAACCAGGCCGCGGCCCUGCCCAGCACCAGCAGCCAGCCCAGCGUGAAGGUGAAACAGGAGAACCACUCGUCCUUCACGCCGGUGCCCACAUCGCCCACCGGCCUCGUCACCUCGCCCAUCCCGCCCACCCUCAACUGCACCACCACUAACGGCAUGUUCGGCCCCUACACCUCGGGUUCCACAAACUUCGCCAAGCUCAUGAUAAGCUAGAGGCGAAGGCUGCACGUGUGAACCCAACGUUCCCCUCACCACAUCCCCGCCGGACACGCUCCUCAGCACGCUUUUUCUUUUGUUUUGUGUAUCAAAUUGUGUGUGUAGUGAGUGCCAUCUCCGCCGCAGCCGCCAGUGUUCCCGUCGCAGCCUCAGAGCUCCGCCAGCGGCGUAAUGUGCAAGAGUCCGGAAAGAGGUGACGCGGCGCGGCAUCUGUUCGCAGUGUGACGGGAAGGGGUUGCAAAUACAAUAAUAUUUCAAAACUCCGCUCUCAUGAUCCACCGCUCGAUGCGUCCCCCGCGGUGACCGUGACAUCCCCUGGGCAUGGAGGGACGGCCUGCGAGGAGAAAUGGGCGGAGGAAAGUCCACCAUCCAUCCAUCAUGUAGAGAAGCGGAGUUUUGGAGACACGUUAGUGUUGAUUAUGAGAGAGAGAGAGAGAGAGAGAGAGAGAGAGAGAGAGAGAGAGAGAGAGAGAGAGGAAGAUUGAAUGUGUUAGCCAUUUCCUCAUACCACGAAACAAUGGGUCCUCCCUUUGUUUGUGUGUGUGUGUGUGUGUGUGUGUGUGUGUGUGUAUGUCUGUGUGGGGCCGCCACGCCCCUGCCUGAUUGAUGUGGGCGGGCAGUGUGGGCGGGCUGUGGUCCCUCUCUCCUGCUGCCCCGCCACGCUCUCUCACUUCGCGUAUUCUUAAGGUUUCACGACAGACAAAGGAACUAAUGGACGUUCAAACUGCAUUUCCUUUUUUUUUUUUUUAAGUAAUCAAACGUUGCUCGUAGAUAUUAAUAUUAUAUUCAUACGUUGUCCGUCUGCCAAGUUUUAUUUAUUUUCUCUCUAAUAAAUAAAUAAAUAAAAAUAGAUAUAUGUUAACUUUAAAGAAAAAGAAGAAACUUUCUAUCGGAGGAAAGUUUCGCUGCAUAUUCAUCGCUUGAGACACACUGUACAGGACGACUCGUGGACAACCUCGUUCCUAAGGUGAGGCUUCGUCGCGCUUUCCCUGCAGCUGAUCCUCUUUUGUACACUAAUCCUGUUCCAACCUGACGCGGGGAGCCAGCUUGUGCCAGCGUCCCUCCCCGCAGCCCCGCGCCUGUACAUAGCCCCGCCCCAUCCCUCCCCUUCCCUAUGGUGUAGGUGAAGCUUUUAUGAGUGAGGCGUGUGACCAGCCGUCAGGUGCGCACAUUGGCUAGCUGAAGCGUGGAGUCAGCACCGCGUCAGCACCAGUCAGCGGCACUCAGAGACGGUGGUGUUGUCAUUGGAUGUAACCUUCCACGUGUGUCACGGCCCUACUGACCCCUCCUAUGAUGACUUGUGUGCCCGACGGGUGAUGUAACCAUUUAGAUUUGUAAGGUUCAGGCUGACACUGCGCUGCUCUCUCCUGUCCAUCGGCGCUGUGUCUCGCCGACCACGGACACGAGCAAAGGAAGGCAAAGAUUUAUUAUUUUUCUUUCUCGUACUUUUCUUUCGUGUGGUUAGGUUAAAUGGAGAAAAUGCUAACGGGAUUCUUACGUAGGUCUUUCUUUCUCUCUCUCUCUCUCUCUUUUUUCAAUCAAGAAUCGGGAGAGUAUGUUCUUAUUUUUCUUGAAGGACGUUCUUACUUUUCGAUCAAGAGUUUGGAAGGACUAUCUAUCAUAUUGAGUUCUCUUCCUCGUACUGUUUGUUUCCUUUAGACGCUGGUAUAGAAAAUAGAAAGAAAACGGGAUGCUUUUCUUCAUACACUUUCCUUCAUCCUCAAGUACUGCGUGCAAGCUGCGUGUUUCCAGCGCCGCAGCGAGCCUGUGUUACCAGAUGAGAUGGUUUGUAUGUUGUGUGACAGCCCGUCCAAACAUGUCGUGUGUUUACGUGCAUGUGCGUGCGUGUGCGUGCGUGUAUGUGUGUGUGUGUGUGUGUGUGUGUGUAAAAUAUGUUUGUCCAGCCUCUCGGCCAGCUUAUAGUGUAACUCUCAGUGAUCUUGAUUAUUAUAGACUUACGACUGACUGUAUAAUUGCUGUACAUUGAUUAACCCCAAAACCGUCUUUUUUCUGUCCCGUCCCGCGCGGCUGCACGUUUCAGUCGCUCUGUGGAGGACCAAAUAAAUCUUGUUCAGGGC